AUGUCGAGCCCAGGAACAUCAACCAGUGCAGUUCGUUUCGAGCCAUUCAAGAUGGACAGCCAGUGGAAAACUUACAAGGACAGCUUUAAUUUUUGCUUGAAGGCAAACCAGAUUGAAAAUGACCAAGAUAAGUGUGCUUUAUUUUUUACUGUGUGCGGUGAAGCUCUAUAUGAACUUGUAGUAACACUCAUAGCCCCAAAAGAAACGACACAAGUUAACUUCAAUGAAGUACUUAACGCUCUUGAUAGCCAUUUUAACCCAAAACCUAGUGAAAUCGUUGAAUCAUUCAAAUUUAACCAGAGGUCGCAAAAAUCAGGAGAGGGUAUCAACAAAUAUGUCGUGGAACUACGGAAAAUUGCAAUGAAUUGCAACUUCAGCGCCUCACUAGAGCGUAUGUUAACAGAUAGGCUAGUGGCUGGUUUAAGGGAUAAAGGAAUACAACACAUGUUAUUGGCAAAAACGGACACUACUUAUAAGGCCAUUUUGAAUGCAGCAGAGGCAGCAUCUAAAGAUGUUAGCCAGCUUGGGUAA